GGGGCGGCAGUGCGCAUGCGCAGUUCCACCUCAACAUGGCGGCUCCCAUUGAUCUGGAGCUGAAGAAGGCUUUUGCAGAACUGCAGGCCAAGAUGAUUGACACUCAGCAGAAGGUGAAAUUGGCAGACCUGCAGAUCGAGCAGCUGACCCGCGUCAAGAAGCACGCCAACCUGACCCAUGCUGAGAUUGCCAUGCUGCCUAACAGCACGCGCAUGUAUGAGGGAGUUGGGCGCAUGUUCAUACUGCAGUCUAAAAGUGAGAUAAACUCACAACUGACAGAGAAACAGAAGACAGCAGAUGAGAAGAUCAAGGAACUAGAGCAAAAGAAGACCUAUCUGGAGCGAAGCGUGAAGGAGGCAGAGGACAACAUCAGAGAAAUGCUCAUGUCCAGGAGGGCCCAAUAAGGAACACACACUGUCAUACACACACAUUCAAAGUUAUAUUUUAAGCACACUGUCAGAGGUGUGCAAAUAUGCCCACACACCUCCUCGCGCUUCGGAAGACGGAACACGCGAGAGCAAGCGCCGCGUGAAGCGUCGCUUGUGUGUGAUGUCGGGAGACUGACUCACCGAUCUCACACUCCUCCAGGUUUCCCUGCCAGUCUGAGAAUGUCCCUCACUUGUGUUGAGCUUUUUUGUCAACCGUGCCAGUACCCUGGAAAAGGGGGCAGCCUCUUUCCCUCCACGGUGCCGUGACUCUUAUUUCCAUUUAUUUUGCUUAACCAAAUGUUCAUGCA